AUGGGAUCCUCUAAACUGGGACUGCUGCUGGUCUAUCUGGCCUGUGUAGAGCGCAGCCUGUCUUCCUCUUGUGUUGUCGACAGCUUCACAGUUAAACAAGACUUUGACGCCAAAAGAUAUGUAGGGAAAUGGUACGCACUGCAGAAGAAAGAUCCAGAAGGCCUGUUCCUGCAGGACAACAUCUCAGCCGAGUACUCCAUCGACGAUGACGGCACCAUGGUCGCUCAUACCAAAGGACGUGUCACUCUGUUUGGUAUCUGGGUGGUUUGUGCUAACAUGGCUGCCCAGUACAGCGUCCCUGACCCUGCCCACCCUGGCAAGAUGUACAUGACCUUCCAGGGACUCGCCACCUACUUGUCCAACGGAGAGGAUGACUACUGGGUGAUUGAUACCGACUAUGACAACUACGCCAUCACCUAUGCCUGCCGGAUCAUGAAGCUAGACGGCACCUGCAAGGAUGGUUAUGCUCUCGUCUACUCCAGGAACCCCCGUGGUCUUCCUCCCUCUUUUCAGCACAUCAUCCGUCAGAAACAGGAGGAAAUGUGCUUGACUGGAGAGUUUAAGCCUGUCCUGCAGUCUGAUGCCUGCUAGAGAGGAAGAAGAGAAAGAGUGAAGAUGAGAGAGCAAGCGGGGUGCAGGAAAGGAGAGAGAAUGAAAGUGUGCAUGUGAGAGUGAUGCAAUGAAUGAA